AGCCCCAUGGCGCCGCCGCGAGACACUGCAGGCUCUGCAGGAACCCAUCAGCCCCAACAAGCCGCCGCUCCGGGGCGUUACAACCAAAAGUCCACCUUCCGCAACGGGACCACGGAAGAGGGCUGGUUCUACCCGACACCCGCGGCGCUCAAAGCCGCGGCGGACGUCCGCGGCGCGCGCGCGGCGCGGGAAUUCUUCGGACUAUGGCGCCUCGAUUAAGUCCCCGCGCGCAGGCAACGCCGAGGCGUAUUACCCCCACUUCCAGUUCGACUCGAACUACACGUACGGCAUGGUGCACCGCGAGUGA